AUGGUGCUGGCGUUUGUGGUCGGAGUCCUGUGCGUGUGUGGCCGCUUAACCGUCGCAAACCCGGAUGCGAAGCGGCUCUACGACGACCUCUUGUCAAACUACAAUCGGCUCAUUCGGCCGGUCGGCAAUAACUCAGAUCGUCUAACCGUCAAGAUGGGGCUUCGUCUGAGUCAGCUCAUCGACGUUACUGGUUCUAGUCCUUGGUAUCACAAACAACUGUCGCUCAUGUCCCCUAGAUACAAAGAAGCCGAGGUCUUGGAGAAGACUUGGGUUGCUCACUAA